AUGGCCAUGGACCCGGGAGCGCGAGGCUCGAUCGGGGACUGGGCGCGGCGCGCUCAAGAAGCCAUAGGAGACGCAGUGAGGCGAUUGUUCCCGGACGUAGCAGCCCCGGAAGACCCAGGACCAGUCGUGAGCCAAUGGCGCCGGGUGCCCGAUCAUGAGCCUUACAUGCCCGAGUGGACGGACCCGGAAUGGUCGCCGAGGGUACAGUUCUCGGGGACGGGGAAGCAGCAAAGGGACGUCUACGUGACAACGGGGGAGACCAUGAGGCCUGCGAUUCUUCGCAGAGAUGAGGACAAAAACCCGACGGACUUUGCUCGACGCUUCGGCAUCUAUCCCAAGACCCGGCCAAACGAUCCAGACCCGGCCAUAGGUCGAUCUCUCGUCACUCCAACGAUACCCAGACCCGAUCAAGCCACGGUGGGCGGCGCGUACACAUUUGGAGAGGCAGAGGCCUGGCAGGCAUUCGUUUUCCUUGGCCCGACGACCGAAGAGAUGAUAGACCGUGGAAUAUAUCUUCCGGAUUACGAAUCUAACGAGCCCGGCCUAGAAGGGGACUUGCACCCUCUCUUGGUGAGGGGCAGAUGGACGCCUGCAGAACGGUUCAAUUGGAAUAGAUUUAUCCCUGACUAUCGAUGGAAGUUUGGUGAUGAAGAAGGGUACUACAGAACUGACGCGCAAGGUCUCACUUUUACCUUUGGUUUACAUGUUGACCAUGACCGAAGUGAUCGCAUUGCUAUAGUUAUCCACCCCUCCAUCGUAUGGCAAUUGUUGACGGCGGAAUUCCCCGAGGCUCGAAUGGCGACUACAUUCAAUUUAGCUUCAACGAUACUCCACGAGCUGACCCGGGCGCGCGCAUAUAUAUGGGACCCUGGUAGGAGGCCAUUGAUUCUUAGAGUCCAGGCUGAGAAGGAAUAUUAUACUUCCAGGAUUGUCCACAAUCUCUGGGGCACUAUUCCGCAAAUUGGCCAUUGGAGGACGGACGCGGCAGGGCUCACCCCGCUGAGACCCUUCGUCGUCGGCACGUCCUGGCCCUCGAGCCACCUCGCCGUAGACCUACAGCACAGGGACGUCGACAGGUCCUUCUAUGCCCCGUAUGCCACAAGAGACUAUACUGGCUUUUUGUUAGAACCUCCUGCUCCCGUCUUCGAUCAAGACCGGCCAAUACCAAUCGUCGACUACGCACGGUUCUCCCACGAGUCCUUUUGGCACAACCAAUUCGCGAAGUAUGGCCAUCAGGCGUUGAAACUCUUCCCAGCACCAGACGCAUUGGUGAUCUUGCACCCACGUGGAAACCGUCUCCUGAGGACUGAAAUAAUCCGUGAGCUGGGCGAUGAAGACUAUCGCUACUUCGGCACCAAGGUUCUUCCCAUGUUGAGGAACCUACAGCAAACCUUACUGGCCGACUGGCUGACCUUGGAAACGAACGACCUCGUGUUGGAGCAAGUGACACACCACCGGCUCCACUACGAGGCCAGGACUUGGAUAAGGACAUAUGGGGACAUAAUCGCCAUACUUGACAGAACGAUAUUCGACAUCAACCGAAUCGGUGGCGAAAUGACACUCAGGACAUCACAAUAUCGGCAGAAUUUGCUCUCAGCUGAUACGCAGCAGACAAUCAAGACGCAACUCCAACAAACCAUCACCGACUUCGUCAGCGACGACCUAUUGGAGAGCGACCGGCUGCUAAUACUCUCCAUCCAAUACGCCCAGUCGCUCAUCGCGAUGUACACCCUCCUCCCGCAGGCAAGCGAGCGACAGGCCGUGCACCAGCGGCACAUGCGGCCCCUCCGGCGGCACCUGACCCUGGUGCGCGACAGGCUGGCGGCGUGCAUCGAGACCCUCGACGCCUACGUGGACGCGGCGGCCGCCACGGCGCCGGGCGGGACCGACAGCGGGAACUUCAUGGCGGCCGAGGCGCAGGUGCUGGCGGGCUACGCGCGCCAGGCGGCGCAGAACGCGCAGGUCUGCGCCGCCAGCCUGCGCGACACCAUCGCGCUGCUGGCCGACGACCUCGUCGCCCCGGGGCUCGACUACGCCGCGCGCCCGGGCGCGCUGCCGCACGUGCCGCAGCUGCGGAAGCGCGCCGCCACGCGCGAGGUCUACCGCCGCGCCGCGGUGAGGCCCCUCGCGUACCUGCGCGCCGCCGACCGCAGCCGCGCCUCCAUCGCCGUCACCAAGUGGCUCGCCGUGCUGGCCAGGCACCGCGGCGACAAGGAGGGCGGGCUCGAGGACUACCCCGUCGACCUGGGGGCCGUGGACGCGGACGCGUCGCCGCCGCGCAGCUUCCAUACUGCGAGGGAGAGCAGCAGGCCCUCGAGCGGGAGCACGCCGGUGAUCCCUGGUGGGUUCCCCGUGAGCCCGUGAGGGAGGAGGGGAGGGGAGGGGAGGGGGGUUGGUGUGUACGUUUCGUUAAGCUAGUUAU